AUGGAGCCCUGGGACAAGAACAUGAAGAAGAAGAGGAAGCGGAGCCGGAGGCCCGUCAGGCUCAGAUGCUCCGUCAUGAAUUACGAUUGGGGCAUUGUCGGCCGCCAUUCCAAGGUCGCCAGGCUUUUCGCGCUCAAUUCAGGGUCGGAUAUCGACCCCGCCAAGCCCUACGCCGAGUUCUGGAUCGGGACGCAUGAAUCCGGGCCGUCGUAUGCCGAUUCCGGGUCGGAGCCCGUGAGCCUCAAGGCCUGGAUCGCUCAGGAUCCCAGUGUGCUUGGGGACAAGGUUGUUGACAAGUGGGGUGCUGAUCUUCCCUUCUUGUUCAAGGUACUUUCGGUUGGGAAGGCUUUAUCAAUACAGGCUCAUCCGGAUAAAGAACUAGCUAGGGUGCUGCACAAGUUACACCCAAAUGUUUACAGAGAUGACAAUCACAAGCCUGAAAUGGCAUUGGCAUUGACAGAGUUUGAGGCUCUUUGCGGGUUUAUUAGUGUCAAGGAGCUAAAAGACAUGCUUAGCAGUGUUCCCGAGAUUGCAGAGUUGGUUGGGGUUGGAAAUGCAGAGAGAAUUCUACUUGUUAAUGAGCAGCAUGAGAAUGGGAAAUCAAAAACGGAUUUAGAGUCCAUCUUCAGUCGAGUUAUGUUACUAAGUAAAGAUACAAUUUCUGAGAUGAUAUCUAAACUGAAAAGGCGUCUUAAUCUAGAGAAAAAGAAAAGGCAAUUGACGGUUAAAGAACAACUGGCACUCAGAUUGGAGAGUCAAUAUCCAGCUGAUGUGGGUGCAAUAGCAGCAUUUUUUCUUAACUAUGUGAAGCUGAACCGUGGUGAAGCAAUAAGUCUUGGGCCAAAUGAGCCCCAUGCAUAUAUUUCUGGUGAAUGCAUUGAGUGUAUGGCAACUUCUGACAAUGUUGUUCGUGCCGGCCUUACCUCAAAACCACUGGAUGUCCAAACGCUUCUUUCUAUGCUUAAAUACAGACAGGGUUCUCCUGAGAUUUUGCAAGGGGUUUCUUUGAAUCCAUACACAACAAGGUAUCUCCCACCUUUCGAAGAAUUCGAAAUUGAUUGCUGUAACCUUCCUCAGUCUGCAGCGGUAAUUUUUCCCUCAGUCCUAGGACCAUCCCUUUUCCUAUUCACUGCUGGGAAAGGACAUUUUGAUGCAGGUCUGCCCGAGGAUGAUAUGGUGAAGGAGGGGGAUGAUAUAGUUGAAGAGGGUGGGGUUUUCUUUGUGCCUGCCAACACGAAGAUUAGCAUUACUGCCAAAUCAACAGAACUGCAACUGUAUAGGGUGGGGGUGAACAGCAAAAUUUAUAGGGAUUUGUAG